UGCUAAACAAAGUGGUAUCUGUUCACAAUCGACUCACAAAAAAUAUUGAAUUAAUACAGGUAACAAUCGAAAAUGAGCCAAGAACAUGAUCCUACCUCUGUAUUUAUUGUGAUUUUGUAGUUACUUUGCUAGCUUACUUGUAAGCCUGUAUCGAGAGGCUGUGGUUUUUCAUAUGAUUAAUCCGUCACACCAGCUUUCCUCUCCUCUGAAAUAAAUAUAUAAAUUCUACAUUAUGCCAGGAUCUGAGUGGAGAGGAAAGUUGAGAAGAUGACUAUAUUCGUAUAUCAUUCGUAACCAUGGCAUGCCAUUCGUAUCCAGGUGAACGACCUGGGACAUUGAAAAUUCCUAUGCCUACCUACUUACAGACACCUGGGUUUUACAAAUUGCAUAGCGAAUGCUUAACUAGAAAGACUGAUUUCCUUUUUUUUAAAUACUGACAUGGGAGGAUGUUCUAGCAAUUCUCUUGGUCAUAAUUAUCACUACUGGAUUCGAAUCUGCGGACCCACGCAGAGUGAUCAGAGGUGCGCUGGCGAGAGUAUUUCUACCUACCCUAGUAUGGGGAGCCACGCUGCCAAGCCUGACUGCUUAUGUAUAUAAAGCCUUGCCCCAAAAAAAGAUGUAAAAAGACCUCAUGAAAUUUCAGUUCUUUGAGUGAUAGUAAUCUCCUAUGUGUAUGUGGGUAUAUUCCUAAUAUUAGUUCUUUAUUUUAACAGGCAUUUAUUCAUCUAGCACUCUGAUCUUUAGACUUUUUUAAUUUCAAGCAAGAUGUAUUUGAGAAUAUGUUUAUCUCAGAAAAUAAGCGGGGGAUCAAAGACAUUAAUGACUAUGCUUACAAUCAGUACAAUAGUCUCAAUUGUAACAUCACAAGCAAAGACAGACAUCAUCAGUCAUGGUACUUCACCAAUGCAUUUCAUGCUCUACCCAGCAGUUGUUUACGAGCCUGCUUUUUCGAUGAAUAUGUCCACAGAAAAUGACCAAGUACUGGAUGGUGCUAUGGUAUCUAGGCAGAACCAUGGGGCUAGUUCUGCUUUCAAAGAUAAGUAUAAAAAAAGGGAUACUUGUUGCGAGUCAAAAAAUCACAAAGAUGGUUGUGCUAAAAUGGAAAACGAAAAUUCCAAAAAUUCGAACUUGGAUUUUAUUCUGAACUUGAAUAAAGGGUAUCAAAAUGCUCUCAAUAAACUAGUAACAGAGUUACAUCAAGCAUUCAAAAUUGGUGACAAACUUGUUGCGAUGACAAAGUUACUCGAACUUCAGGCAUUUUUACAACAACUGGUAAAAGGGGAAGAAUACGUACCGAAAGGAAUGAUAGAACUGGAACAAAAAAUCACUGAUGCGUAUAAUUUUCUCCAGAAUUCCGCCAAUCUUCAUUAUCCAGAAGAGGCCUCACGGCACGAGGAAAGCAAAAUAGUGUUUAAUUAUUCUACAAAUGUCAAAAUGAAAUUGUGCUCUAAAGAGUCAUUCAAAAAUAUAAAGACUUACUCUGAUGUUGAAAGUUGUAAUGAACAAAACGAAAUCAAUAAAUUAGAAACGAGCUUUCCUAAAACUUCCAAAAUUGAGACUGGAGAAAAAAAUUGUAACAAAUCUGAUUUGGCUUUUGAAAAGUGCUGUGACGAGGACUUACGUAUAAAGGUGAAAGAUCAGAAUAAUACAGAGGCAUUGGACAGAACUGAACACUUGGCGGCAGAAAGUAACGACAUUGACGAAUUUGCAGAUGAUUUGAAUUCAGAUUCAGAUAAAGCGGAUAUUGAGAAUGAAUGCUGUACAGAGAAAAGUCAAGUAACAAUUGACAAUUUGGAAAAAUCAUCUAUUCUACAUGACCUUGAAGCGUCACACGACUUUAAGAUUCCACAUGACCUCGACAGGGCAUUCAAUCUGCAUCCUACAUGUGACCCUGAUGCUCUGUGUGACCUUGACAAUUCGCAUGACCUUGAAUCUUGUGCGGAAAUGGAAUUACCACGUUGCCUCACUGAAGAUGAUAAAAUAUUUUGUGAUCUGGAAAAGGAUUUUUAUCCAGAGAUGAAAUAUUUGCCUAAAAAUAUGUUCAACAAUGGUAAAAGUACCCAAAAAUUUGGGAAAAUCGUUGACAAAAAUUUGGAAUAUCCGUUUCCAUCAACUGCUUUGUGUUCUUUUCUAAUCAAGCUUCCUGUUGAUGCGAAAUUAUUCUUGAUCACCGUGAAAUUCUGGUCCAACCUAAUUUUGGAUGGAUAUUGGCUUGAUCCUUGCGUCGACUGUAACGGAAGCGGGGGGAAAAACGGGGGGGCAAAGAAGAAAAACGAUAGCCAACAAUGUGGGGAAAAUGGUGGUCGUCUCGGAACUGGUGGAAAUAAUAUACUUUCUGGUUCAAAUCAAAACCAACCAUCUGGGGAGGGGGGAGACCCUAAUGAUCCACAUAGAAAUCCAGAAUCUGGUAAAAUUGGGGGGUGUAAAAAUAGUGUGAUAAAAGUCAAGGGGCGAGAAGACAAAGGCGCACGUAAGGACGCUAGUGAAAGACAAUCUGAAAAUGGGAGACCAAGAGAAAAUCCACCAAAUUCAUUGAAUUUACCUUCAACAUCAGGACUUGGACAUCGAACAAAAACAGAGGCUCACCCAAGUACAUUAACCCUACCCAAGAUCCCCACUUUACAGCCUGGUUUAGGUGUUCCAGUUGCUGCCCCCACCUCACCCAUUGGUGACCUGGGGCGCAUGGAAGACGUUCGUGAUAUAGCAGAAAUACCGGAGGAUCAAAAACUUGAGAAUUCCAAAAGUCAAAUUGGCAGUUUUAUACCCCAACCUGAUUUACACAAUAAUCCGAAACAAUCUCUGGUUAAUCGCCUGCCAUUUCCACUACGUAGCGCCACUGGAGAAACCAAAAUUAGAGUUGGACCAUCGCCAAUAGUAACCGUGCAAAACCUGACCGAUCCCAGGCAAAACAUAGAGAACCGUGCUAGAGACGGACAACCACAGAUAACAUUGGAUACCGGGCAGGAAGAUGCUGUCAAAAAUGGUGAAAUCCUUGAUAACCGUCCCUGGGACCGAGGCGGCGCUCGUCUCAGCAUAGACCCUGAUCCCCGACAGAGACCGGACGAGAUAUCUAUCGAGCAAAGCCGUGUUAGCAGUACUAUUACAUUGGUUAGGUCUCAGGAACAAAUUGCAAUCCCAGAGAUUCCUGUUCAGAGUUUGGGAAAUACUUCGCAUCAACCUGAGGGCAAUGAAGAAAAUAACAGCGUUGCAAGUGUUCGAGAGGCUCGGCCCCAUCUUGGUGUUCAAGGCACUCAGAGUGAGCGUUCAAUUUCUCCACUCCGUCAAGAAUCGGAGCUGCCUCUUCGCCGACAGGAAGGAGGUGUUACCCUAGUCGAGGCUCAUGGCCAAGCGCAGACUGCUCACGAAGAGAGGUAUCAGAUUAUGACGUCCAUUACUCCAUAUUCUGAACCAUAUUAUGAAGGUGAUUUCCAUCCUCAAAACAGUCGAGUGGAAGAAUCUGACUUUGUACCACGCAGACAAGAUAGCGCAAGAGUGUUCAGUCUUCGUGGAAUACGCAAUGAGAUCGAUGCUGUUUAUCCUGGUUACAGAGAAAAUAGACAUUUUCAGCAUAAUCCUGGAGAAUCUGGAAGGAGACGAAGGCGAUGUCAGGGAUGCCAGGGAUGUUGUGGUGUGUUCAUAGCUAAUCGAUGCAUCGUUUGUCCCCACUGUGAGCUAAAUUUCUGUUCUCUCGAAUGCAGCAAUGGACAUACCUGUCGUGAGCCUCGUGGAAGGAAGGCCUUUUAGGCAGAAGAUGCGACGAUGCAGCAGAACUCAACAACCGUCCACAGUAACCAUCCAUACAAACCUGCUUUCUAUGCGGCCUAUGCUUUUACAAAAAGUUUUCAACUGGAUGGAAUACUACCGCUGUUUUAAGCGAGUUUUUGAGACUUUUUUAUCAGCAAAUUAAAAAAAAAAUAUGAUUUAUUUCAUAUUUUUAUGCAUGCAGUGUAUCUGUAUCUUUUUACUGGCCUUGCUUUUAAACAGGUAAUCUCAUUUUGAUUCCAAAAACUCCCAU